AUGCCCAUAACAGGGAUCUCGUUCACGCCAAAGGAAGUGGGCGAACAUGUGGUCAGCGUGAAGAAGAACGGGAAACAUGUGACCAACAGCCCCUUUAAGAUCAUGGUGGGUCAGUCUGAGAUCGGAGACGCCAGUAAGGUGAAGGUCUUCGGUCAGGGGCUGCUGGAGGGACACACCUUCGAGGUGUCCGAGUUCAUCGUGGACACCAGGAACGCAGGUUACGGAGGUCUGGGUCUGUCCAUCGAGGGUCCCAGUAAAGUGGACAUUAACUGUGAGGACGUGGAGGACGGAACCUGUAAAGUCACCUACUGUCCCACGGAACCUGGAAACUACAUCAUCAACAUCAAGUUCGCCGAUCAACACGUUCCAGGAAGUCCGUUCACAGUGAAGAUGUUUGGCGAGGGGCGGAUGAAGGAGAGCAUCACCAGGAAACGCCAGGCGUCCUCCAUCGCCACCGUCGGCAGCACCUGUGACCUCAACCUGAAAAUACCAGGGAACUGGUUUCAGAUGGUGUCGAACCAGGAGCAUCUGACGCAGACGUUCACCCGCAGCAGUCACACGUACACUCGCACCGAGAGGACGGAGAUCAGCAAAACCCGAGGAGGAGAGACAAAGAGGGAGGUCCGUGUGGAGGAGAGCACGCAGGUUGGAAGAGACCCCUUCAGAGACGUGUUCGGAGACUUCCUGGGACGCGAGAGUCUGAGCGGGUUCAGCGGCAGCAGACCGCCACUGCAGGACG